UUCUUGUUUGGUAUGGAUUAUGUGGUUAUAGAAAUAUGUUUCCAUUCACUUACCAAUCAUACUCCAAUAAUUUCAGGGUUGACAUUGUUAGAGUUCUACUCGAGCAAAUACAAGAGUUCAGCUCCCUUGCAAGGGUAAGCUGGAACCACUCAGGCUUGAUCAAAACUCGUAACUUUUUUUUUUUUUCUUGCCCUUCUUCGAAACGAAGGAAACUUAAAGAAAGCUGGGCAGGCUUAAUAUAAGUCAAACCUACUUUUUCCCCUUUUCUGAAAAAAUAAUAAUAAUAAAGCAAGUGGAGAUGCUUCCUUGAGAAGCAAUAGAAGCAGGAGGAGUAUUAGCAGCUUCUGUUAUGUAUAGUGGGCCUCCUCCACUUAAACGGAGAUUGAAAGUGAUAGUCAAGCUAGCCAAAAAAGAGCUACUGCAGUUCGUUCCAUAAACAGAAAGUAGAUCAUCACCGAUGAGAUGUUAUCCUACAUCCAAGGAAAGAUGGUAAACAAGAAGCCGAUCCCCAACACAACAGAAAAGUUAAUUAGUUCUUACAAAUGUGAAUUAGCAGAACCUGUCGAACUGAAAUAAUGAUUUUCAGUCAACGGUUUCUUCCAGUAUCAUUUUUGGGAUGCUGGGAUAGUGUUUCUUCUUGCACUCGUCUAUUUAGUUCUGUUUGGUUGCAGCGUAUUCAGAGUGAGCAGAUAACAGGAGAUGGAAAAGUUGUCACAGAUCCUAGCACAGUCCUCAGAGAUGGCACAAAGUUAGUGUAUCACAGGCUUCCAUGGAAGGAACCCGAUGCACCAUACAUGAUUGAAGUUUUGUAUGAAGAUGAUGACUUGAUUGCUCUAAAUAAGCCUUCUGGCCUGCAAGUUCUACCUGGAGGUCUUUUCCAACAAAGGACCGUUUUAACACAGCUCCAUUGGCAAGCAAACAAUCAGGGAGCAUCUGUGUCAUGCCAAGGGCCUCACCCUGUACCAGUACAUCGCUUGGGGAGGGGAACUUCAGGGAUUUUACUAUGUGCAAAGACAAAGCUAGCUAAAGCUCGACUUGCAUCAUAUUUUGCCGAUGGAACAUCUCAUACUGAAAGAAACAGAGAUGCCAACAAGGAGCAGGGGAAAUUUGCAAAGAUCUAUCGAGCACUUCUAAGUGGUAUAGUUGACAAUGAUAAGCUGAUUAUCAAGCAGCCUAUUGGAACAAUAAAAUAUCCUGGUGUUGCUAAAGGGCUGUAUGUUGCUUCUCCAUCAGGAAAACCAGCUCUCAGUGUAGUGGAUGUUCUAGAGAGAGAUAUACAAGGAAACUGCACAUUGGUCCAGGUUCAGAUUCAAUCUGGAAGGCCACACCAAAUCCGCAUUCAUCUAUCUUUCAUAGGGCAUCCUCUAUUAGGCGAUCCCCUAUAUACUGUUGGUGGCCAACCUAAAUGCUUUGACUACAAUGUUCCAGAUGUGAUAUUUGCUCAAGAUGGGGGUUACCAAAAACCUAUUCAACCUGUUCCUGGAGAUUGUGGUUACCAUUUGCAUGCACAUCAAUUGGUCAUUUCCCAUCCUAAAACGAGUGAGGUUAUUGAGAUCAUCGCACCCCUUCCUAAAAUCCUCCAGAAACGGGGAGAGGCGAAGGAAUUCGGCAUGAAGUAGCACCUAAGUAGUUGCAGUCACAAACGCUUUCAAAUGGGCUUAUAGAAUUGACUGUAUGCAUGAAUUGUCACAAUCUACGAGGCUGUUUUACAGCCAACGUAAACAUCGAGGUUACUUUCAUAGCUGUCCAGAGGUUAGCACUAGGUACUCUUUACAGAAUAGGGUAUUUAUGUGAUUUGUUGAAGAAGUUAGCAUUGACAAACCAUGUUGAUGCACAAUAUAAUUAAACAUUUAGGUACAACAAAUUUUAGCAGGACCUUUGGUAAGAGAAAGUAGCAGGAUAUGCUCAA